GCGUCGGAGCUGGUGGAGGUUGAGGAUUACCAGAGCUCUUUUGAUCACAGGAAAAAUUCUGUUUUUAGCACAGGCAGUAAUUAAAAUAGCUCGUGAAUCUUUCUUUCCACCUCGGGGAGCUCUCAUAAAAAAAAGGAGGGAGAAAAUCCAUCUUCUGGGCUCCUCGGCAGCCACGGAUGAUCCUGGAGGAAGCAGAAGAGCCCUUGAGGUUCAGCUGGUGACAAAGGACAAGAGGAGACAUCGAGCCCAAUCCACCUCUCGGAUCCCGGGAUGGCUGAGGAGGAUCCCCGGGGUUCCAGCACCCGUUUCUCCCUCUCCUUUUCAGGCAGUGGCUUUCUUGCCCUCUACCAGGUCGGGGUGGUGCAGUCUCUCCUGGAGUUGGCUCCUGAGCUCCUCAAAUCUGCCUGCAAGGUCUAUGGCUCCUCCGCUGGUUCCCUCAUCGCCGCCGCCGUGGUGUGUGGCAUCAACAUUGAUGACCUGAAGGAAUUCUUCUUUGCUAUUGCAACUGAUGUCAAGAAAACCAUCCUGGGCCCUCUGUCUCCCAAGUGCAGCUUGCUGGCCAGCAUCAGGACUGUUCUGCAGAGGAUGCUGCCAGAGGACUCCUACCAGCUGGCUUCAGGAAGGCUCCACAUCUCACUGACACGGGUGGUGGAUGGCCAGAAUGUCAUGGCCUCUGAGUUCAGCUCAAAAGAGGAACUCAUUCAGGCUCUCCUCUGCAGCUGCUUUCUUCCUAUCUACUGUGGCUUCAUCCCUCCAUCCUACAGAGGUGUGAGGUACGUGGAUGGAGGAUUCACUGGCCUGCAGCCCGUUUCCAGCUUGGAGGAAGCUGUGAUCACCGUGUCCCCGUUCACCGGCGAGCUCGAUAUCUGCCCCAGGGAUUGUCCCGCGAUCUUCUUCUGUUUCCAGAUCUUCAAUGGCAGCAUCCAGAUCUCCAUAGAGAACCUCUGCAGGAUUAGCUAUGCUCUCUUUCCACCCAGCACCAUGGUCCUGAACGACAUUUUAAGCCAAGGCUACCAGGACACUGCCCUUUUCCUCUACAGGAACAAUGCUUUUGGCUUCAACUACUUUGAUGGCAAUUUCCGCUUCGCCAGCAUGUGCGGGAAGAACGACUCCAGCCCGGGCAAGAGGACGUUCACUGGGCUGUACAAGAAGGUGCCACAGUGCCUGGCUCCUUGCUUCCUGCCAGGAUUGGCUCUGUGGAGGAAGGAGCAGCUGGCUGGACUGCAAGAUCCACUGUCAAGAUUCCUGUUGCAACCCUACAGGCUGCCAGCUUUCCUCAGGAAGGGGCUGAAGAAGCUGUGGGGGCUGCUGGAAGACAUCAGCUCCCUGGCAAAACAGUUCCAGAAAGGCCUCCAAACCAUGGUGCCUGCUUUGCUGAAGAGAGCCAUGGCCAGGAGGUGAAGAGCUCAGGGGAUGCAACCAGGGUGCAGAGCAGGGAAACCUCACCCACGGGUCUCUGAUGCUGAGUGUGACUAAAAAGUCCAAAUCUGGGAUUCCCCACAAUA